AUGGGAGUUUGCCAAAGUACAAAAGAAAAGGAAAUGCAAACUAAAACAAAAGCAAUUGAUAGAGAGUUAAUGCAAGGACAUUUAAAUCAACAAAAAAUUGUUAAGCUUCUUUUACUUGGUGCUGGAGAAUGUGGUAAAAGUACUGUACUUAAACAAAUGAGAAUCCUUCAUGAUCAUGGAUUUUCGGAGGAAGAGGUAGCCAAACAAAAGGGUGUAAUAUAUAAUAAUACUGUUCAAGCGAUUGCUUGUAUAAUUCGUGGAAUGGGAACAUUACAAAUAAAUUAUGAAAAUCCAGAAAGAGAAGCAGAUGCAAGAAUGGUUCUUGAUACUAUAAAAAGAGGUGAAGAAUCAGAACCAAUAACGCAAGAUUUAUCAAAUGCAAUUCAACGUUUGUGGGCAGAUAAAGGUGUUAAUACGAUAGCAUAUAGUAGAGGAAAUGAAUAUCAAUUACCUGAAUCUGCAAAUUAUUUUUUAGAUAAUGUUAAAAGAAUCUCACAAUCAGAUUAUAAACCAACAGAACAAGAUAUAUUAUUAAGUAGAAUUAAAACAACUGGAAUUGUAGAAGUUAAAUUUAAAAUGAAAAAUGUUGACUUUAGAGUAUUUGAUGUUGGUGGACAAAGAUCAGAAAGAAAAAAGUGGAUUCAUUGUUUUGAGGAUGUAAAUGCUAUAAUAUUUAUUGCUGCAAUUAGUGAAUAUGAUCAAGUUUUGUUUGAAGAUGAAACAACUAAUCGUAUGCUGGAAUCUAUGAGAUUAUUUGAAUCAAUUUGCAAUUCACGAUGGUUUAUUAAUACAUCUAUGAUUCUUUUUCUCAACAAAAAAGAUCUUUUUUUAGAAAAAAUUAAAAAAACAUCAAUAAAAGUUGCAUUUCCAGAGUACAAAGGUGGUAAUACUUAUGAGGAGCAAGUAAAAUUUAUUGAAGAUACUUUUGAAGGACUUAAUGCUAACCCUGAUAAGACAUUAUACAUGCAUCAAACCUGUGCCACUGAUACAAAUCAAGUACAAAUGAUUUUAGAUUCUGUUAUUGAUAUGAUUAUUCAAGCUAAUUUACAAGGGUGUGGUUUGUAUUAA